AUGGGCAACGAAGCGUGCACAAUGUCCCUGCCUCAAGUAGCGAGGUGUGAGGAUUGUUUACGAGACCUUCAAGCUAAUGUCUAUUUUGAAGAAGAAUUACGCGGUUCAAGGUCUUUUAAGGUUGUUAAAGUGAGAUGUGAUAAGGUAAUCAAUCGACCUCGGAAACUGAUAAAAAUAUACCAAAUUUACAAGGCAGAUGAUUCUAUUGAGCUGGCGAGGAAUUCCCUCUCUCCGUUCUCUGGAAAAGCUGAGGGUGGAUUCAAUCUACUACCGGUGGAAACAUUUAUGACGGAGAAGUAUGCCUUUAUUAGUCGAGAUUUCGUUGACCAAUCCUUGGCGGACAGAAUUGGAACUCGACCCUUUCUCACUUUUGAUGAAAAACGUUGGAUUGCUUUUCAACUCCUCUCCGCCGUUCAACAGCUGCACUCAAUGAAAACAAAUGAUCUCAGGCCUCUCUGUCACGGUGAUAUCAAACCACAGAACGUUCUGCUAACCUCCUGGGGCUGGAUCCUCUUGACUGACCCUGCUCCCUUCAAGCCGACACAACUGCCGUCAGACAACCCAAGUGUAUUCACCCACAUUUUUGAUAGCUCACGACAUCGAUUCUGUUACCUGGCGCCUGAACGCUUCAUGGAUCCACGACAUACGCAUAUUGGGGCAUCAGGAAGUGGCGCUGGAGGAGAUUAUGAUUGUGGUGGAGGUGAGGGUGGGGGUGCUGAUGGAUACAGCUCUGUUCCUGGCAAUCUCAACCUGAAAGGCGAGGCGAGUUUCUUCUAUAGCCGUUUCUUGAAUAGUUAUUGCCUAGUCAAUAAAAUAACAUCGAUGGUCUGUCAACUUGAUAUGGUCAUGUCUUCUUGCAGCCAUGUUCCACUAACUGAUACUACCUCAGGCGAUUUCAGUACAACAGGACCAAUUAUUGUUCUAUUCCAAGCCGCUGCGUUCUAG